UCGGUCAAAGUUUUUGCAUCACUCAUGGUGAACGUGACUUUUUCUAUAGCUAACCUUAAAUUUGCCGAUAUCCUGUGUAAUCCUGAGAGAUAUUGUGAAUGGUUGUGAAUCAUCUUCUGAACAAAUAAAAUGCCGCAAUUAAUCGAAACAGUCGCAGAUUUUAACACCACUAUCACGGAUGUAAAUUUAGUGGUGGUGCAUUUUGCUGCAGAUUGGGUAGAACAAUGCAAACAAGUUGAUGAGGUUUUAGACCUUUUAUCACAACAAACUGAUUAUUCCAAAGUAAAAUUCACAAAAUGUAAAGCUGAAGAUUUGUCUGAGAUUUCUUUCAAAUAUCAGAUCGAAGCAGCACCCACUGUUCUCUUCUUUAAGAACAAUAAAAAAGUUGAUAGAGUGGAUGGUGCUGAUCCAGCAAAGAUCACUGCAAAAGUUAAGGAACAUGCUGGGGCCAGUACAGUUGGUAAAAAUUCCCUGGAGGAUAGAUUGAAAGCACUGGUUAACAAAGCUCCAGUGAUGUUAUUUAUGAAAGGUGAUAGAAACACUCCCAGAUGUGGAUUUAGUCGCCAAAUUAUUGAGAUCAUCAAUGGCCUCAGUAUAAAUUAUGAGACUUUUGAUAUUUUAACUGAUGAGGAAGUUCGCCAAGGCUUAAAAACUUAUUCCGAUUGGCCCACAUAUCCUCAACUAUACGUUAAGGGUGAGCUUUUGGGAGGACUGGAUAUCAUUAAAGAAAUGUUAGCUGCUGGAGAACUAAGUGAUGCUCUUAAAGGUUGAAGUGCAUAACUUCAUUUAUACUUGAGUUUAAUUGCACAACUUUUGUAUUUUCAAUUAAUAUACAUUUGUAACCAUUUUACUUCUUUAUGUUCAUCAUUGCAGUCUAGUUUAAGUUUUUAGAUCAGAAAUAAAACAUCAACAGCA